GGAAGGGUACGUACGGGUAGGGUAACUGGCAGACUGGAUGCAUCAGACGAUUGUUCGAGAAAGCUAUCGCCAUCGCCCCCCAGCCCAUGAUUCGCUUUCUAUGACCCCAAGAUUUCCGGGAACGCCUUGCUACAACCAUCUGUUCCGUAACAAUGAGCGGGCGACUCUUGUCAGCCAGGCUUCGGCCUUUCGCCCAACGAGUCAACAUGACAGCAGCGCGUCACUUCCAUCACCAAACCACGUCCUCGGCCGGAGGGCUUCUCAAGACAGAUUCGGCAGUACGGGCGGCGCGGAGGAGGAUAUGGCCAGCUGGAAAUACCGCCUUUUCUAAUGCCGUUGUUGUUCGGAACGCCUCUUUCGUACGGAUACUUCCCAGGUUACUGCUCAAAUUCGCAAGAAUUCCCGCCUUAUUUGGGGGUGCUACGAUUGCCGGACUGGCAUAUGUACAAUACCAGGCCACCCAGGCUGGAAACUACGCCAUCGAUGUGUUCAACUCGACCAAGGAAACUGUAACUGGAGUUGCUGGAGGCUUAUUUGGAGGCGCAAAAGGAAUUGCAGACCAGACACUGCAGGGAUGGCAAAACACAAAAGAACAAGUUGAAUUACCCGAGUGGCUACAAAAAGUGUUACGAAUUCACGAAGAAAUUGGAGAGGGGCCAGGAGGGGAGGGUGGUGGUAAAGGCCCUGACCCAGAACAGCCAAAGCAGGCCAGAUAUGGGACUGCUGCUGCUGCUGGAGCCACUGUUGCCGCAUAUGGAUACGACCAAACAUCCGAGGAGGACCCGAGGUCUGGAGAGGAGUCGGCUAGGGACGACCAGAUGAUGGUUUUGACCAAGAAGAUGAUUGAGAUUCGGAGCAUAUUACAAACUGUGGGACAGUCCGAUACGCUGAAUCUACCCUCAAUCGUCGUUAUAGGCUCUCAGUCAUCUGGAAAGAGCUCUGUACUGGAGGCUAUAGUUGGACAUGAAUUUCUGCCAAAAGGAUCCAAUAUGGUUACACGGAGACCCAUCGAAUUGACCCUCGUUAACACACCAGAUGCUCAAGCCGAAUAUGGAGAAUUCCCAGCUUUGGGUCUGGGGAAGAUCACAGACUUCUCGCAUAUUCAACGGACCUUGACAGAACUCAAUUUGGCGGUUCCAGACUCAGAAUGUGUCUCGGAUGAUCCCAUCCAGCUCACUAUCUCGUCGCCACACGUACCGGACCUGUCGCUUAUUGAUCUUCCUGGCUAUAUUCAAGUGAUUGGACAUGAUCAACCGAUGGAGUUAAAGCAGAAAAUCUCUGAUCUAUGCGACAAGUACAUACAGCCGCCGAAUGUCAUUCUUGCGAUUUCAGCAGCAGAUGUUGAUCUUGCAAAUUCAACAGCCCUUCGAGCCAGUCGGAGGGUGGACCCUAGAGGAGAAAGAACCAUUGGAGUUGUCACCAAAAUGGAUUUGGUUGAUGCCACGAGAGGAGCUGCAAUUCUCAAUGAUCGGAAGUAUCCUUUACGACUUGGAUAUGUCGGUGUCGUCUCAAGGGUACCACCUCAACCGACAAGCUUGUUUAAAAAAGGUAGCGGAAGCAUCGCUUCCGCAAUUGCUAAGAAUGAGCAUGCAUACUUCUCAGCUCAUCCUCUCGAAUUUGGUCAGGAUGCUGGAGUUAACGUCGGCACUACCACUCUACGUAAGAAACUCAUGUCUGUCCUGGAACAAACAAUGGCCGCAAGUCUCCAAAGCACCGGAGAUGCUAUCAGACAAGAACUCGAAGAAGCAACCUACGAAUUCAAGGUCCAAUAUAACGACCGCCCGCUGUCAGCUGAAUCCUACCUGGCCGAGAGCUUAGACGCAUUUAAGCAUUCAUUCAAGGAGUUCACGGAGAGCUUUGGGCGACCACAAGUCCGAGAAAUGCUAAAGGAAGAACUAGACCAAAGAGUCCUGGAUCUCCUCGCAUCGAGGUACUGGAACAAACCUGUCACGAACCUCUCACCAGCUCUACCAGAGCCAGACUCCCUGGCUGACCUUCCAACCGCGGACCCAGAAUCACUAUACUGGCACCGCAAACUUGAUGCUUCUACAUCUGCUCUGACGAAGCUCGGAAUUGGCCGGCUAGCAACUACCGUAGUAGCAAAUGCUCUCCAAGCUCACGUUGAUAGUCUAAUCUCCCAGAGCACAUUCGCGGCUCAUCCCUUCGCUCGCCAAGCCAUUACUGAAGCAGCUUCUGGCAUCCUAAACGAGAGAUUCUACAGCACUUCAGACCAGGUAGAGAACUGUAUCAAGCCCUACAAAUUCGAAAUUGAUGUCGAAGACGGUGAAUGGGCUCGUGGCCGAGAAAACGUUGCGGAUGUCCUCAAGACCGAAUUGAAGCAUUGUGAUGAAGCCGUCAAGUCAGUAGAGCAAUCUGUAGGUGGUAAGCGGAAACUCAAAGAUGUGAUGAGCUUCGUCGAUAAAGCAAGAAGAGGGGAGGUUGAAGUCGUUGGUGACGGAGCUAGUGGUGCUGGUGGCUUCUCAUCGGAUUUGCUUCAAAGAGGCAAAGAAGCCAUCUUCCUCCGGGACCGCGCCCAACUCCUGCGCAUGCGCCUCACCGCCCUGAAAUCCAAACAAUGCGCCACCAAAUCAUCCCGCUAUCACUGCCCCGAGAUCUUCCUCGACGUCGUAGCCACUAAGCUAACCUCCACCGCCGUGCUCUUCCUCAACGUCGAGCUCCUCUCCGAGUUUUACUAUAACUUCCCUAGAGAACUCGAUGUCCGGCUUGGACGCGGCCUGAGUAAGGACGAAGUGGAGAGAUUUGCGAGGGAGGAUCCGAGGGUUAGGGGUCAUUUGGAGGUUAUUAGACGGAAGGAGUUGCUGGAGUUAGUGUUGGGGAAGAUGGAGGGGCUUAGAGAUUUGGAGGCUGAGGAACGCGGGAAGAGGGCCAGUGUUGCGGCUGCGGGUACUGGGGGGAGGAAGCGAGAGGGGAAGGGUUGGAGUCUGUUCUAGGUUGUUUAGUUGCUCGCAUGCGAGACAUGCCAGCACUGGAUGAAAUCCGAGGUUCGUCAAUCAUCCUGAAUGAAGGCGAGGGGGUUGAAUAGGAGGGGAGAGCAGUGGCGAUUAUGAUUCAUGCCACAUAUCUGGAAGAGGCGUUUGGUUUGUGUUGUGUGUGUUUGCCUGCUUAUUCUUGGGCUGGCCGAUUUCUUCAGAUGAUAUCACUCCUGUUUCUGAUUUUUGGUUGUUGCUUCCGUUAGAGCAUGGAAAUUGCACAUACCCUCCUCUUGUUCAUACCAAUACCGCUCAAGUCUAAGAAUCAUUGAAAACAAUGCACAGCAUGCAAGGCUCGUCUUUUCGAACCUUGUCAAAUUAGCGUUGCAUUUUGGAAAGCACUUACUGCAACUUCGACCUUUAAGUCGACUUGCUAUCUGGUUCAAUAUCUUGUCCUCAAGCGACUGAAAGAAAUGUAUGUCAUCGGCAUCAAUGCUUCUGGAUUUUGUUGUACAUCUGAUGUGUAACAGCAUGACUCUAUCCCACCACAAUAUACCGUUGCACCCGGGCCUGCCAAAAUACUAAAAAUGGCCUGCAGGAUAUAAGUACAAAACGCCAAAAAUGCACAAGAUUCCCGAAAAUGCCAUAUAAAGCAUCUCAUUUGUCAAUCGUAAACUGCGUCGUAACCUCCCACUUCACACCACCUCCCUUCCCAUACCCUCCUCCAAGCCUAUUCUUCACCAAUACAUUCAACCUCUCUCUCAGCUUACCCACCGAAGCAUCAUCGCCUCUAACCCUCAACUUCAAGUUCGCCAUACACAGCCCAUAAUGCACCUGCCAAAACCUUGCCUCCUCAACUUGCGCUAUCAUAGGGUCUUUGUGGAUCUCGCGCAUCACGUCGCCGACGCCUUCGCCGGAAUACGACAUCAGUAGCAUCAGGCCUUGCGUCAUGGCCAGUCGUACACCCAGCACGAACAUAGAGAUGGCGAUCACGGCACAGAGGAGUCGGUCGAGCCAAAGGUAGAGCGUGAUGGUUAGAAGGGGGAGCAGUAGCAUAAUUGCGCUGCAGGAGAGGGUUAGGAAGUGGGAGGGAUUGGAAAGCACGCUAGGGAGUGAGGAUAUCACAGCGAAGCGCAUGGCUUUGCCUAUGCGCGCGUGAUUCUUCAAUCCGUAGGCUGAGAUCAAUGUAGCUACAAUAGACAGCACAGCAGCAGAAUCUACCGAACCAGGCGAUACCCGCUGAUGCGAAUGUGGAUGGUGCGGUGUAUGUGAGCCCAUUCCUUCAAGCACAUGCUUCAGAUUAUGUGACAUAAGAUCGAAGCCCAUGAAGAGCAGGAAGACGGACAUGGCGAAGCCGGCUAGGACUUCAGUGCGCUCCAGUCCGAAUGGAUGGCGUAUUGAAGACCGCUUCCAUACUUCGAAGUUACUGAGCACAUCUACUACAACGCAAAUCGUGGCGGACACAGCGUCAAAGAAGAUCAGGUGGGAGAGGGCUGUGAGUGCUAGUGAGCCUUCAGCAGAGAAGAGCACGUAUGCUGCUACCAGCGCAUGACAUGCACACCAAGCAAUCCGAGUCGUUUGCUCCUUCGACCUGCUUGCCCACGCCUCCUUGUAUGUCGGUAUCGGGAGAGAUGCUGGAAGGGCGAGAGGCGCUCGUGGAGGGGGCUCGAGGAAGAUCUGAUGCUGGGCUGACACGCUCGAGUGUUUGUAUCUAUGGCCUCGUCGUUUGCCAAUGUUCUUUGCGGUGUUCUGGUUAGCUGAUGCGGUUGCAAACUUGACCUGCACAUCUGAUGUAGAAGUAGAAGCAGAAGCAAAAGCAAAAGUAGGGAGUGUAAGUGAAUUGGCAUGCCAUACUGAGUUUGCCAUCGCCGGGCUGUCUUUGAUGGACUGUGUCUGGAAGUCAAAAGGGCUGCGAGAGCCAGGUGGAGGUGGAGGUCCCAGGGUUGACUCGGAGUUGAAGGACGGCGUUCCUAGGCCUGCUGAGGACGGCAUGGGCGAGGCCAUGGAUCCAAAACGGCCAGGGAAGGUGUCUGACAGAGGGGAAAGGGAGUUGGCAUCGUAGGUAAUGGUCGAGCGCAUCGUUCGCGGCCCACCAUUGAUCCCAAGUCCAUCUUCUGGAUCUUCGGGAAUAGGGGUCGGAGGCGUGGGCGUCCGCGGUGGAGCGGGAAUUGGCAGGCUCGAAGCCAUUGCUGCUCACUCACUAUAGACGACGGCGGCGUAGCAUAAGGGGAGAAAGUCCACGAUGAGCAAGGGGCACUUCGGAAGCUCAAAGCUGGUGAGAUUGACGUUCUUCAAGGCCGUGCGGGAGAGAGGGGAGCGAAGUGGAGGAGGAGUUCGGAUGUUUUGACGUUCCAACCGCGGGUAGAUGCUUUAGC